CCGGAGGCUUCUAUAGCUGAAGGUUAUUUGGUUGUAGAGUGCUUGAUAUUCUGCUCUAGGUAUUUAAAUGCAAGUGUAAAGAAGCAAUCUAAGCGGUUUAACAAAAGUCAAGAGAAAAGUAACGAAAUUGACGAAGAAUCACCUUUGUUCCCUAAUGCAGGUUAUCCUCUUGGGAGGAAAAAGAAAGGGAAAAAGAAAGGGAAGUCAUACACUCUUGAUUCAAACACAAUGACUCUAACACAUCGUUAUGUGUUGUUUAAUUGUGAAGAUGACCUAGUUGAGAAUUACAUCAAGGAACAUGAAGAGUUUGUAAAGAAGAAGCCUAGAGAUAGACGAAAAAGAAGGUGGAAAGAGGCACAAGAGCAUAGCAAUGAAUUCAAGGUUUGGUUUAGAGGAAAGGUCGAGGUGAAUAAUGUCCUAGAUCAUAUCAAGUGGCUAACCAAAGGUCCUUCUAGUGUUGCACGGAGCUACAUCGGAUAUUUUUGUAAUAGAUAUAAGUUCUACACAAGAGAUCAUGAUGAAAAGUGUAAAACGCAAAAUAGUGGAGUCUCUUUGACAGCUUUGAUUCCAAGCUUCGCGAGUAGCAAGGAUCACAAUCCCGUUCUUGGUGAUGUCACAUACUAUGGGAUUAUAAGGUCUAUAAUAGAGAUAGAUUAUUGGAGUGCUUUCAGUGUUGUGUUAUUCAAGCGUGAUUGGUUCCAUAUGGAAGUAGACGAUUAUGGACUCACUCGUGUUAACUUCAAGAAAUCAGAAGCUGCUUAUGACAGAGUUGAGGUUCCUGUGAACAAUGAAAUUAUGGAUGAUAAUCGAGAAGAAAGUUUCGAUAUAGAUGACACAAAUUGGGAUUGGAUGGAACCAUCAAAGUGA